UUCCACGUCUCAACCAAGUAAUGUCGCCGGCGAGAUAGCCCCUGGACAUCAUCGCUUAAAGAAAACUACACACAUGAAACGCCCAUAAAAACGAGCAUGUCUUUAAGUGGAACCUUACAUGAAAACAUGGACAAUCAAAUUGUGCAGGCGGUGUGUGGAGAGGAGGGCGUUCCUGCUGUCUCCGUGGGGAUGUCGGACUUCUCUGAUGAGAUCCUGCUGGGCGUGCUGCGCUACGUGCCCCUGCCCGACCUGCUACUGAGCGUGGCACGCGUCUGCCGCAAACUGCACUCGCUCUGCCACGACAAGACCCUGCUCAGCCACGCCUGCCUGACUGAGGACUACACGGCCAGCGACGCCACUGUUUGCCAGGUGCUGAAGCAGCUGUCCAAUCAGGUGCAGUCCCUCAGCCUGAACGGCUGUUAUUGGCUGUCCGGAUCCACCAUCGACCAGGUCCAUCGUUGCCGGGCGGUGACUCAACUCGACCUGUCCGGUUGCCGCGUCACCACGCUCCGCCUCUCCCGCCUCCUCUCCUCCCUCCCUCUCCUCCAAUCACUGGCCUUCGACGUGGCUCCCGGCUUCGACUCCGCCCAGCUGAGCGCGGAGGCACGUGAUUCGCUGGGGCGCGUUCGUGCUCUGAGGCAGACGCUGCUGACUCCCAGCUACGGCGUGGUGCCCUGCUGCUGCGGCCUGCAGCGGCUGCAGCUGCGGCUGGAGAUCCCUGAAGUGACCAGAGAGGGCACCAGCAUGUGCUGCCAGCUCAUGGUGGGGCAGAGCAGCGUCCCACACUACCAACAGCUGCAGUGCUUCACCGCCCGCCUCGCUCCAGGGGAGGUGAACCAGACCCUCCUCUUGCUCUACCUGGCUGUGUUCAGCGUCUGUGUUCCGGAACACCUCCGAGUCUUCCUGGUUUCAGUUCCUGGUCUCAACCCCGCCCACUGGCCAGCCGCCGCCUCAUUGGCCCAGACCUUGGGUCGCCACGGUGACCUGGAGGCCUUGCAGCUUCCUCGCUCCUGGUUGGACGCUGAGUCACUACGGAGGGCCCUCAACGGCAACGCCCCUAAGCACCUGAGUUUCAGCCGUUGCCCCGCGUUACGGCCGCAGCUCGUCCGGUCGUUGCUGGAGGACGGAAUCAGAGAUGCGACACGAUUGGUCAGCCUGAACCUCAGUGGAAUAAGCCACAAUCCUUACCCAGAGGGCAACGGGGCGCGUGGGGAGGACGAGCUUGUUGCCGAGACGAUGAACCGGCUGGUUACGGGCUGCCCCAACCUCGCACACCUCAACCUGACGCACACACACUAUCACCACGACAACCCUGCGGGCCUGGGCGGAGACACGCACCUGUGCGCCAGCCUGGCCAGGCUCACACACCUCCGCUCGCUCUCCCUGCCCGUGUGCGCGCUGGCCGACGGCCCCCACACAAACACACACGCCCCCACACACACCCUCUCCCCCUCCGCCCUGCUGUUGGGCCUCAGGAAGCCCCCCCGCGUGGGGCUCCAGAGCUACAGGCCAGACUCGGCCCCCUCCUUCCCCAGGGACGGCACCUCGGGGCUGGGCGCCCUCCUGGCCGGCUGCCCCUCCCUGGAGGUCCUGGAGGUGACGGGACCGGGGUUCGUGUCGGCGCUGCCACGCCUAGAGGCGUGCGUACGCGUGUGGGCGGAGCCCCGAGCGUGCGCCUGGGCGAGGGUCGUUGGCGACGCCCAUAUUGCCGCCCUGCAGGAGUUGCCGCGGCUACGGAAACUGACGCUGGCGGGUGUGCCGGGUGUGUCCAGGGGGGCGGGGCUGGUGCAGGUGGCCCAGCGGUGCCGGGAGCUGCAGGUGUUGUCUCUAGCCAACCUGGGCUCCUUAAAGACCAUAAGCUACAGCGCUGCCCUGCUGGAAGCUCUGCAGCACUGCAGCCAGCUCCGGGAGCUCAGGCUGGAGCAGCCCUACCUCAGUGCUAACUCGGCGUUCUUCGAGGCUCUGUCCUGCUGCUCCCGGCUGCAGCGGCUCUGCAUCGUCUCACGCAACGGAACCUUCCAGCCCGACGCCGUGGCGACCUUCAUGGAGCGUUGCCGUGACGUUGUCAUGUGUCACAUGUUCAUGGGCGGAACCCUGGUGUCCUGUCGCACGCUUCAGAAGACUCUACUGGACAGGUUCUCUUCAGAGCGCCCUGCUCUCAGUGUGGUCAUCUACCCUCUGCUCCAUGAAGACCUGCCAUUGGUCAUCAGAGAAACGCCCCUCCCUCUCUUGGAUCAGGUGACCUUGUUCCAGAGUCGGGUGGCACAGACCCUGCCCCGGUCACCAUGGUGAUAUGGCAUGCCACCCCAAGACACCCUGGGAAGGAGUGUAAUCACGUUAAGAGGGCGGGACUUCCGUGCCUGUGCUGUCCAAUCACGAUCAAAAGGGAUGGACAGGUGGGAUCUCCAUAUAAGGAGUUUACUGUGGUUGCUGUUUUGUGCCAUAAAAGGACUGUUUUGUUCACGAUGUGGGAGUCAUACCACAGUAUAUUAUUUAUGAUAAUAAAGACGUACUUGUGAUGA